GUCGUUAUUUAUUUAUAAUUCAGUAUUGGUUGCGACAUGUCGGGAACUUACUGCAAACAUGUCAUCAGAAUUGGUGUCUAUUACACAAUUGCGUUUAAUUUUGUGGGAGGUUUAUCACAACUUAUCAAAGGCAUUUCAUACUUCCUUUCAAAAAAAUCGCACUCAAAUUACCCAAUUUUUUACAUAACUGGAGGAUUAUUUGUGAUUUUUUGUGGGAUUUUGCUAAUGAUCGGGUCUAUCAAGGAGAAUUAUAAAUAUAUUUUAAUUUAUUUAAUAUUGACCAUUCCUGGCCUCUUAUGUGUUACGAUUUAUUCAGGAAUGAUGAUUUAUCUUCCAGAAUUUGUCUUUCUUUUUGUCACUUUAUUGGUUUUAGUUUGGCCAAUGUAUUAUUGUGUCUAUUUAUUUUACAAGAAAUUACUCAAAAAACACAACUACAUAUUAUCAUUAGAAAAAGGUAUGCAAAUGACUAGCACGUGAACAUUUUUCUAAUUACAAUUGUUACUAAUUUAUUCCAAAUGACUCAUUGUGUUAGCAAUUAAACGAUUCGCAAUUAAUAUCUUAAUUGUUAACAGGCGAAAAAUUGCAAUUGAUUUAAUAAAGAAACCAAAACUUGUCAUGUUUAAAAAAAUUAUUAAAAGUUUUUUAGUACGUACCCGGUAUAAAGUCAAGUUUAGAGAGGUAAAAAGUGACAUCAUAAAAGUAUUUAUAAAUUUUGAAGUAAGAGUCGAUUUAUUUUGGUGUAUCCCCGAUAUAAUAUUAAUUCAACGAGACAAAAAGUGAGAUCAUUAACUCAAAGUGUCAAGGUUGUAAAAACAAAGUAAUGAUUUAUGGAUUUUUUAAUUAUUCAAUUGUAACAUUACAAAUUCCUUCCAUGGU